ACGUGAACUACGAACACCGACUUUCUGACACCGGAAGGCGGACAGUUGACGCCUACAGUGGACUGAACAUUCAAUCUGGCCGUGUUCAACCCCACGCUGGAGUUCGAUUCGAGCACAACUUUGACAAUGGUUUGUUCCUCAAGGGUUACGGUCAAGGACAGGCGGGACGCGGUGGCAGGGUGGAACCUCAGUUUGGCGCCGGAUUUGGUCUAAGAUUCAGGAGAGAUGUUGAAGCAGAAGAGACUGAUGCUGAAUUUGAAGAGCAAUAGAAAGUUGUUAUGGAGUUCAUGUAUUUGUCUCCUAGGGUGCUAUUUGAGAUUGUAUAAAUAUUUAAAUAAAUUUAUUGUUUAUAUAUAUA